CUGAACUGUUCUUAGAUAUUACACAUCAAGUGACUUCAGGAAUAAUUUGCGGUAGUGCUCAGAGAAAUGGCAAUUAUGAUGACUCCUUUUAUAUUUUUGCUGAAAGUAGGUUGAACUAUGACAACUCAAUGCUUAUCAAGCAUCACUUUAUGAGUGUGCAUGUGAGCCUUCACACUAUAAAAAGCAGUCUCACCCUGUCCAGCCUCAGUCAACCUCGACACUUGUCACCACCAACUUCACCAGAUCCUAGACGAGAAACGAAGACAGAAGCAGAAUGAGUGCCACAGCGCUGCAGACCACAGGUUUUGUAUCAGGCGCCAUCGGUACGGUUGGAGUUCUUGCUGCCACGGUUAUGGAUGUCUGGUGCACCGAAGACCAGCAGGAGCACAAGGCAACCUCCAUCCACCAUUAUAAGGGCCUGUGGAAGGACUGUGAGGUGUCCCAGACUGGACUCACCGAGUGCCAACCUCUCUACAGUUACCUGAGCUACUCAAGAAUCCUUCAGGCUAUAAGGGCUAUGAUGAUAGUGGCGAUUUUAGUAGGUGUGAUUGCAGUGUUCAUCGGAUUCUUCUGCCUAAAGUGCCUCAAUAUGAGAAGCAUGGAUCUACUGACCAAGGGCAAACUGGUGCUAAGUGCAGGGAUUUUGUUUAUCAUUGCUGUGUAUGCUGAUCAAAUAGUGCCUAGUUUCAUGAUGCAAUACCAGACCCAAUACAAUCAAAAGCAAGGAGAGAAGGGAGGAAUACAUUGUGGGAAUGGCAUGGGCAUGGGCACGGGCACGGGUAUGGGCGGAAUUGAUUCAUUUGCUUCCAGGUACACAUUUGGUCCUGCCCUCUUUGUAGCCUGGGUAGGUGGAGCUUUGUUACUUUUGGGAGGAAUUUUGAAAUGCAUCGCAUUCAAUACAAUGCAAACCAACACUGAUACAAGAGACGGCUAUAUUUACAAUGCCACAUCCCAGCGCAGUGGGGCAGAUGAAGACUGUCGCCUCCAGAGAAUGAGAGGAGAACAACAACAAAUUUAAUCAAAGAAAAAAAAAAUUUCUUGUCAGACCUAUGUAAUGCCUUGCACUGAUGAACUGAAGUAAUCUUUUUGAAUGCUGAAGAUAUUUGCAGUUAAA